UGGACGUCAAAUAUUCAGCCAAAUUCACAAGAAGUGUAAGCAAAAUUUUCUUUAAGAAAAAGGCAAACAACAGUUUUGAUUUUUAUACGUAAUUGCAAAAAAAGCGAGCUGUGACAAUGUCGAAGGCCGCACGCAUGGAGCAGGAGAUACAGCUACUGCGCCAGGAGCUGGCCCUGAUGCGCUCGGAUCGCGAUGAGCUCUACCAGAAGCAUGCCAAACAUUUCCAGCUGUGCGACGGCGGCGGGGAAUGCGGCGAAGAAACUAAGAUUGAUAUUAAAAAGCUUGACAAAAAGGGUCAAACAAAUCAGGAAUUGUACAUUGCCUAUCUGGAGGAGCAGAUACAGAGAACGCGCUUAAAGUACAAAAAGCAAAUGGGCGAGGUCAAGUCGAGCGCCACCCAGUUGGAAACGCAGCUGCAGAGUGUGCGCCAGGACAUGAACUGCAUCAGCGCCAAGGCUCAGCUGGUGGACAGGCUGCAGAAAAAUAUAAAGGAACUCAAGUCCAGGCUGAAGCGCCGGGACAUGAUCAUAGCACGCUAUAAUGAGCAACACGCAGAGUUCUUGGGACUAAUUGAAAAUUUAGACCAGAAAUCAACACCAGAACAGAAGGUCCCAAAACCGUUCAUAAAUAUUCAAAAAUCGGAUGCUUUUGAGGACGUUGGCUGUGACGGGGAGGAAGAGCAUUCGGAUAUUCGCUCCAGGUGCAAACCUGGAAAGAACCCAAACUUUUCCUGUCUAGGCACAGCACUCAGAAAGAAACUAAACCGCAAUUAAUCAUGCACCAAGCCGAUCAACAAGUUGUAACAAGAUUUGUCUAUUCGUAUUUUUUGUUUUUAAUUAAAUUUUUGUAUUGUUUCAACGUAUUAAAAGUGUAUGCAUAGCGAAAUGACGUCCCAUAA